UAUAAAAUUCAACAACGGAGAUACACUGAAUUUGUAAUUGUUUUUUUGGAAGUUAGAGCCCUGUAAGUCUGUCACUUAUGUGCAGUUUGUGAAUAUGCGACUUAGAGCACGUCUUUGUCAUCGCGUUGUGAAGGUAGAUUUCUUUCAUAGAUUGUUUUUUUUAAAUGUGAGUUUUAUAGGUAAGUAUUGUAUGUAAAAUAUAUAUAUUUUUUUUUUUGCAAGAUUUAUUAUGUAAUAUUUUCUUAAGAAUAUAUCGUGUCGUGUAUAAUAUUUUAAAUGUUCGCCAAUAUCAGCCGUUUUCGUGUUGGCUUAAUAUCUUUAUGUUAAGCACAACAGCAGGCACUGCCAUCUAUCAUCAGGAUCCAUCGUUACAACGACGUGUACAUUUGAAAUAUUGAUUAGAAGAUUUUGAAAUGAGAUUCACUUUUAACUCGCUUGGUUUUCUUGCCGAUGUUUUUAUUUUCACCCAAGACACCUUAAAUAGUUUGUGUUUAUAUUUUGUGUAAACAAAAUGGUGCCUUGUCUUCUGGGUAAUUAGUGAUCACAGUUGUUUGGUCCUCUACUCAGGAGGGCAUUGUGUGUUCAAUUAUAGCUGGUAUAAAUAGCUCCGCUGAUGUUAAAUUUCGGAGAGAUUUUAAAUCAGAAAUUGAACAAAAUACAAGUACUCUUAUCAAUGCAGACCAAUUUAUAUCAACAGUGAAUAACGUCUAUGUGUUCUAUUUAUUUACAUGUUAGAGGAGAAAGAAAGUGUGGUUCAAAGAGAAAGAAAUUGUGGUUAAAAGAGAAAGAAAUUUUGUUCAAAGAGAAAGAAAUUGUGGUUCAAAGAGAAAGAAAUUUUGGUUAAAAGAGAAAGAAAUUUUGGUUCAAAGAGAAAGAAAUUGUGGUUCAAAGAGAAAGAAAUUGUGGUUGUUAAGUAAGAACAGUGGGCUCUAGGAGACACAUUGUUUUUAUUUGUGUUUGCCGAGAGUUCCAACAAUCUGUAGGUAAAUCACAAACCCAUUUGCCCUCUGUGAUCUUUACAUUCGCCUUCUGUGUUCUUUAAAAGAUGCUUGCCUCAUAUACACCGUCCUUAUCUAUGCAGCAUUCGCUCUCUUUUAAAAUAGUAAUUUGUACCCCCCCCCCCCCCAUUUUUUUCCCCAUCUAAUUUAUGUAUUUAUUUUAAUCUCAAACCCAAAUUCUUUGACUUCAUGGGUCACUUUCGUAUAUGAAUAUCCCCACCAAUUCCUGUCAACACUAUGUUCGCGUGAUUUUCAAAUAAUCGUUAUUAUUAUUAUUAUUAUUAUUUUAAAAAUAUACUCAUUGUUUUACUGCACGUGUUUAUCAUUAUUAUUUUUGAAUACAGCGGAAAACUUAAGUAGAUAUACCACAGAAGCCCCAUGUGAAAGGUAGGCGUAACAACAACGAGAGUCUGUCAUGGGUGAGGCGACCGGUCAACGGAAGCGUGACCAUCAGCUGACGCUCACGUUCAAGAAAGAGCUGCUGAUCCUGGACGACAUUGUCAAGAAGUAUGUUUUACCAAGGUAGGUUCAGCAGAAAAAACAACUUUUAGAAAAUUGACCUCUUCGAGAAGCCGUGGUGAUUAUGCGAAGGUGCGUAACAUGGGUAAGCGCCGCCUGGGGGGGGGGGGGUUGGAGGACGGGCCAAAACUAUACAAUUAUCAUGUUAAAACAAACAAACAGACUAGAAACAAACAAACGAGCACACAGCAAAUUUAAAGCUGAAAAAGAUCCUCUGUGGAGCUUGUAAUCAUGCGUGAUGAACACGAGAUAGCGUAUACGAUGCAAUGAAUAAUUACUAGAUUUUUAAUUUACAUUUUUUAAAAAUAUGUAUGGUCUCUAGAUAAAGUUAUAAGUAACAACAUAAUCGAAUUAUUGCAUUUUAGUUGUUUAAUCUUGAAAUAUCGGUGUUACAAUUAUUUUUGAAACGAUAAUUAAAAUGGUGGCUUUGAUUUGUUUGGUUUAAAUGUCCAGUUCAUGUUCUUAAAUUAUUAUUUUUUUCAUUGCAUCCGACUCCAGAGUUAUUCACUGUGACAUGGGCACGUUUAGGGAGAGCCACCUGGACUUAUCAAAGCCCAUCUUAGCCUUCAGCAAAAGGUCAGUCCAAAAGGUCAGCGCCACAAGCAUGACGUGGGAUUGUGACAGGAGAGAGCUGAAGGUGACCGGAAGUGACCUGUUGAUACCAGAGGACUACGCCGGUGAGUGAUCGUGUAUCAAUAUAUGAGCAGUGGGUCUUGUGAGUGAUCGUGUAUCAAUAUAUGAGCAGUGGGUCUUGUGAGUGAUCGUGUAUCAAUAUAUGAGCAGUGGGUCUUGUGAGUGAUCGUGUAUCAAUAUAUGAGCAGUGGGUCUUUCAGGCAUCGCUCAAAGGGAGGCCGGGGUGUUGGGGGGUGCCCUCCGGAGAAAGUAAACUGCUCCCUCCCCUCCCGGUGAAUACUGUGUACAAAAAUAAAACAAACAUAAAGUUUAUCAAAAACUGCUGAAAUGACAUUUUUUUUUUUUUUUUUAUAGAUUAGCAACCCUGAAAUAAAUAUUGGUUGUAAACAAUAAAUACGUUAAAAAAAUACCGCUCCAUGGGAAGUAGUUGGGCUGCAGCCUAUUAUGGGAAACAAAAAUUAUAUAUAUAAUCGAAUGCUCAGUUUGCCUUUAAUUUUCGGAUUAUCAUCAAAUAUUUNAUAUAUAUAUAUAUAUAUAUAUAUAUAUAUAUAUAUUAUAUUAUAUACAUUAUAUUAUAUUGUUGCUCCAUUUUUGUACACGCUUCUCUCCGAAAGAGUUGGGAGGGGGGAGACUCGACUUUCACUGCCCCCCAUGCCGCCCUCAGAGAAAUGCCUGAAAGAAACACUGAACCAAAAAGCUUGAACUUAAUGAUAUGAUAGGAACAGACACAUAGGGCUCCAAUUUAACGCAGACUUUUUAAACCGUUCAAUUAUUUUUUUGUUCUACGCGAGUCUGUAAACUCCGUCACCAUUCAUGGCGAAAUCUGUUUUCGAUUCGCAUAUGUUUAUUUUAAUACUAUAAAAAAUGGAUUUCUUGAAGUCACGUAAAUUUUACUCUGCUGAGGUAACGCGAAAACGAGAUUUAAAGAAGGUUCGCUCUAUGGCCUGGGAGUAGGAGUGAGACAAUAGUGCAGGGUUUACGCAGAUAAGCCAAAGGACGGCACGUUUUAAAAUCAAUCAAGCCGUUCAAACAUUUUAUGUUUAAAAAAACAAAACAAGUGUUGGAGCAAGAUAUGUUUAGACUCGAAAGAAAAAAGAAAGACCACAGAACAAUUUGAAAGGACUCUUCGUCUAAAUGCUUUCUUCAGCAGACAAUACAAAACAAUAAGUCUCUGAUAUAGGUUUUGCUUCUGGUGCGUCCUGCUUCCUUUUCAAAACCGCCACCACAAAAAAAAAAAAAAAUAAUAAAAAAAAUCCCCAUAUUGAAUGGUCCACUAAGGAUUUAAGACGACCCUAAAUACAGAAUUGUUUGGUCAAUUCAUCUUCGAUUCUUAUGAACACAAACUUUUUGACUAUGAUUUUUUUGUUUUUAUAUAAGUUCAAGGAAUGUCGCAUUUUUUUUUCAAUUAUGAGCCCUAAAUUUUUAGUCAAUUGUAACAAUACGUAUAUUCCCAUGAAGGUUGGUUCGCAAUCCUUAGCGCUAAAGUUGAUGCAAGUUGUCUUAAAUCGGCGACGCCGUACCGGACACUUUCACAUCUCAACCAGUCCAAGAUGACCUCUUUCCUGAUAGGCGGCAUCAGUCCCAUCCCUUGCUAUUUGGUAGGUGGCAGUUUGACUUAUACUAGAAAUCCGUCUCCUAAUUUAAUAUUAUUGUUUGUUAAAAAAUAUGCAGUGUUACAAUUAUGCAGUGUUAAAAAAUAUGGAGUUUUUACAAAUAUGCAGUGUUAAAAAAUAUGGAGUUUUUACAAAUAUGCAGUGUUAAAAAAUAUGGAGUUUUUACAAAUAUGCAGUGUUAAAAAAUAUAGUGUUAAAAAAUAUGCAUUGUUAUAUUUCACAUAUCUCGCCCAUUUAGCUAUCAGGAUUGUUAACGUCCCAGCAAUGUUAACACUAUAGUAUGAUAUAUGCAGUAUUACACUUACCCAGGGUUUACACAUAAAACUAGUUUAGUUUAUAUGUUUAGAAAGAAAAAAAAAUUAGCUUCAAUUAUUCUUUUUUAAUUUAAAAAGCAAACUCUCUAAUAUCAUUUUGAAGAUGUGUUACAUACAUUAAAAACUUGCAAAAUGGGAACUUAACUUUUAACGAUCUUAAAUGAAAUGAGUUGAGCUUGACUUGUAAAGAUCUUAUUUGAAAUCAGCUGAACUUGACUUGUAAAGAUCUUAUUUGAAAUCAGCUGAACUUGACUUGUAAAGAUCUUAUUUGAAAUGAGUUGAACUGGACUUUUAAAGAUCUUAUUUGAAAUGAGUUGAGCUGGACUUUUAAAGAUCUUAUUUGAAAUGAGUUGAGCUGGACUUUUGAAGAUCUUGUUUCACAGGUGAUGAGCUGUCACAACUCAGUCAGGCACAUUCCCCAUCAAGUGUUACCAGGGGACAUCCUGAGAAAGGCGGGCAACCACGUUUUCCACGGGGGCUUGUCCGCACUGGCGAAGUUCACCACCGGCGAGGAAAGACACGUCGGCACGCUGUUCAGCUGCGGCACGCCAGGGGACGAGAAUGAGCCGCAGUCCUUCUUUAUGUAUCACGACGAGAAGGACAGGAGCAUUCUACUCAACUCCAAACAGAGGGGACUGUUCUACGUCAUCGCCCAAGAUGGGGCAGUCAGUGACGAGGAGACCGUGGCCGUGCAGAUAAAAGAUAUUAUAAGGAGGUAGACGAGUCGGUUGAAUUCGGUGCCAAUAUUUGAAUUGUUAAAUACGAUUUUUUUUUUCCAGCAAGAUUGUUAGAUCUGUAACAUGCAGAGGGGGGAAAGGGGUCAGAUUUUUUUCAAAAGGCUCUUGUUGUGUUAAACCGUUUAAAGAUGACCAAUUAAAUUCAGGCACAUAUUACCAUUUAUCGUUUAUCGUCAUCUGUACCAUUUCAAUCCGGGUACACAUGACCACUGAUUGUUUACGUCAUUUGUACUUUGUACCAUUUCAAUCCAGGCACAAACAAAUUUACCACUGAUUGUUUACGUCAUUUGUACUUUGUACCAUUUCAAUCCGGGCACAAAUUACUACUGAUUGUUUACGUCAUUUGUACUUUGUACCAUUUCAAUCCAGGCACAAAUUACCACUGAUUGUUUACGUCAUUUGUACCAUUUCAAUCCAGGCACAAAUUACCACUGAUCGUCAAGCUGCUCCACGGCUUGGUGCCGGCUGUCUCGUGUGGCUUCACGGGCACGUUCCUCCUGACCAAUGCGGACGUUGAAGACACAGUUGUCGCGUCGACCAUGUUUAAGACUCACCUCACAAGCCUUGAGUUUCCGCUAAGUAAGAAAACAAUAAUAAUAAUUCACUUUUCUUUUUAUAAACUGUGGUUUUAGAUUUGAAGCUUUCUCUUGUCUCAUUUUAAUUUUUAAAAAAAUUUGAUGAACGCUUCGGUAAUACUAUUUUGUGCGCUAUUGAACUCAUCAUGUCACCGUACUUUCUUUCAUACCUAGAGAAUUAUAUUGCUGAUCUGGUGCAUAAAUUUGCAUUAAUCGAAUAUUUCAUUACCUGAAAAAAAAUUAAAAGUAUAACUAAUUGUCAUGAUAAGCAUGAAGCAUUAGUAAAGUAAACGGGUUGGGGGGGGGGUGGGGGAAGGGGGGCUAAAUCUACUUGUGUUUAGUAAUACAGAUUUAAAGUUACUGCCCUUGAACUCAAUCAAAGAUAAGACUAGCUUAAAAAUCUGUUUUUUUUUUUUUUAAAAUAUAUUUUACAAGGUGUUUUACACUUUGCAAAUUUGAAAUAAAAUGUUUUCGAGUGACAGAUCUGGGCCAAAAUUAAUACACAAAAAAAUGUUAUAACGAACUAAAGUUCUACACCAGAAAAAUACUUUAUAUGGUUUGGGGAAUGGUGCUAAAAAGUGAUUUCCUAACUUUACAUAACUCAGGCAACACUGGGAUCAAUUUAGAAAAGAAAAUUUAGCUUAGAAUAUUUGGCAACUAGUUGGCUUAGAAAAGUUGGCUUAGAAUAGUUGGUCUAUAACAGUUGGCCUAGAAUAGUUGGCCCAGAAUAUUUGGCUGAGAACAGUUGGCUUAGAACAGUUGUCUUAGAAUAGUUGGCUUAGAAUAGUUGGCUUAGAAUAGUUGGCUUAGAAUAGUUGGCUUAGAAUAGUUGUCUUAGAAUAGUUGGCUUAGAAUAGUUGGCUUAGAAUAGUUGGCUUAGAAUAGUUGGCUUAGAAUAGUUGGCUUAGAAUAGUUGGCUUAGAAUAGUUGUCUUAGAAUAGUUGGCUUAGAAUAGUUGGCUUAGAAUAGUCGUCAAGAACAGUUGAGCUAGAACGGUUGUCUUAGAAUAGUUGUCUUAGAAUAGUUGGCUUAGAAUAGUUGGCUUAGAAUAGUUGGCUUAGAAUAGUUGGCUUAGAAUAGUUGGCUUAGAAUAGUUGGCUUAGAAUAGUUUGCUUAGAAUAGUUGGUCAAGAACAGUUGAGCUAGAACGGUUGUCUUAGAAUAGUUUGCUUAGAAUGGUUGGCUUAGAAUAGUUGGUCAAGAACAGUUGAGCUAGAACAGUUGGCUUAGAACAGUUGGCUUAGAAUAGUUGGUCAAGAACAGUUGGCUUGGAAUAGUUGGCUUAGAAUAGUUGGUCAAGAACAGUUGGCUUAGAAUAGUUGGCUUAGAAUAGUUUGUCAAGAACAGUUGGCUUGGAAUAGUUGGCUUAGAAUAGUUGGUCAAGAACAGUUGGCUUAGAAUAGUUGGUCAAGAACAGUUGGCUUGGAAUAGUUGGCUUAGAAUAGUUGGUCAAGAACAGUUGGCUUAGAAUAGUUGGCUUAGAAUAGUUGGUCAAGAACAGUUGGCUUGGAAUAGUUGGCUUAGAAUAGUUGGUCAAGAACAGUUGGCUUAGAAUAGUUGGCUUAGAAUAGUUGGUCAAGAACAGUUGGCUUGGAAUAGUUGGCUUAGAAUAGUUGGUCAAGAACAGUUGGCUUAGAAUAGUUGGCUAAGAACAGUUGGCCAGGAAUAGUUGGCUUAGAAUAGUUGGUCAAGAACAGUUGACUUAGAAUAGUUGGCUUAGAAUAGUUGGUCUAGAACAUUUGGCUUGGAAUAGUUGUCUUAGAAUAGUUGGUCAAGAACAGUUGGCUUGGAAUAGUUGUCUUAGAAUAGUUGGUCAAGAACAGUUGGCUUAGAACAGUUGGCUUAGAAUAGUUGGUCAAGAACAGUUGGCUUAGAAUAGUUGGCUUAGAAUAGUUGGUCAAGAACAGUUGGCUUGGAAUAGUUGUCUUAGAAUAGUUGGUCAAGAACAGUUGGCUUGGAAUAGUUGUCUUAGAAUAGUUGGUCAAGAACAGUUGGCUUAGAACAGUUGUCUUAGAAUAGUUGGUCAAGAACAGUUGGCUUAGAAUAGUUGGCUUAGAAUAGUUGGUCAAGAACAGUUGGCUUGGAAUAGUUGUCUUAGAAUAGUUGGUCAAGAACAGUUGGCUUGGAAUAGUUGUCUUAGAAUAGUUGGUCAAGAACAGUUGGCUUAGAACAGUUGUCUUAGAAUAGUUGGUCAAGAACAGUUGGCUUAGAACAGUUGUAUUAGAAUAGUUGGUCAAGAACAAUUGAGCUAGAACGGUUGUCUUAGAAUAGUUGGCUUAGAAUUGUUGGUCAAGAACAGUUGGCUUGGAAUAGUUGGCUUAGAAUAGUUUGUCAAGAACAGUUGGCUUUGAAUAGUUGGCUUAGAAUAGUUGGUCAAGAACAGUUGGCUUAGAAUAGUUGGCUUAGAAUUGUUGGUCAAGAACAGUUGGCUUAGAACAGUUGUCUUAGAAUAGUUGGUCAAGAACAGUUGGCUUGGAAUAGUUGGCUUAGAAUAGUUGGUCAAGAACAGUUGGCUUAGAAUAGUUGGUCAAGAACAGUUGGCUUAGAACAGUUGUCUUAGAAUAGUUGGUCAAGAACAGUUGAGCUAGAACGGUUGUUUUAGAAUAGUUGGCUUAGAAUUGUUGGUCAAGAACAGUUGGCUUGGAAUAGUUGGCUUAGAAUAGUUGGUCAAGAACAGUUGGCUUGGAAUAGUUGGCUUAGAAUAGUUGGUCAAGAACAGUUGGCUUAGAAUAGUUGGUCAAGAACAGUUGGCCUAGAAGAUUUGGCUUUGAACAGUUGGCUUGGAAUAGGUGACCAUAAUAGUCGGCCCAGAAGAUUUGGCUUUGAACAGUUGGCUUAGAGCAGUUGGCUUAGAGCAGUUGGCCUGGAAUAGUUGGUCUAGAAUAAUUGGCCUGGAACAGCUGGCCUGGGGUAGUAGACCUAGAUUAGUAGUGAGUAAACAAAAGGUUUUAUUACUUAUGAUUUCUAUCGCUGUCUCCGUGCCAAAUUGGCAUAUUUAUGUCCAUCCCAGGUUUUUAAUUAAAAAAAUAUAAAUAUAAUCUAAAUUAUGAGCUGAUGGGCUAACAUGAAUUUCUAUAUUCUUGCAGAUUCGGACAUUUUGUUUCAGGUGGCAGAGCAUACGACAGAAUUGACCACCAGUGAGGCGUGGACAAAUGCUGUUGGCCACUGCCAAUCUCGUGCACCCAUUUACAAUAAGGCUAUAAAGGCAAGUUUAGGGAACGAUCAAUUAAAACAAACAACAUAAUUAGGGAACAUAAGAUUAUGAGAGAUUUUAGAAUGAAGUUUGUUCUUUAUUUAAUCAUGUAGAUAAUUUUUUAAAAAUUAAAAAAAAAAAACAAUUCAACAUCUGUUGUCUUAGGUAAUCGCUGACUCCGACACAAGUGAUGGUGUGGAGAAUGGCUCAGACCCACGACACAAGGCACACGAAGAACACGGGGGCGAAAUGAGAGACAUGACGCCGGAGAUUUCGAAGCCAGGGCAGCCAGAACAGCCACAUUCGGAAGACACUGUCCAGAUGCGUCCAAGAUCACAGGGAUCUGCUAGAAGGUCCCGUGAUUCGAAUGUCAGCGAUAUCUCCAAGCGCGUUGGAGUCUAUGCUAUGGACUUCAGCAUAAACCCCAGAGACCUUAGUCAGAGACGAAAAAUUAUGCGAACUAAAGCUUUUCAGGGUGGAGAAUUCGGUCAGCAGCAGGUCGACAGUGGCAUAUUCUCAGAAACAACAUCAGCAACCUCCAGUACUGCCGAGCGGACCUCGUCAGCAACGUCUAGCUUUGGAGACCGUCCACUAUCAACACACUCGGCUGCCGGCCUACAACCAGAAGACUUGAGAACGGGACACUCUCCGUUGUCAAAUCUUACAAAUACUUUGGUCGAAGAAACAGAUUCCCUUACUUCCAAUGGAUCAUCGGAGAUCCCCAUAGUGUGUACUCCUGGGCGCCCUACCAGUUCAAACCCCAGUCAAGCAGACUCCGAGAUCAAAGUUGCGCGGGACAAACAUCUGGUCGUAUCUGAAGAGGGUGAAAUGGUGUCUACUGGUUUUAAUCUAUCUGUAAGCUCAGAGAGCCCUCUUGACGAUGUUAGUCACAAUGGCAACUCGUACAACCAGUUGCAACAAGAUGGCUCCAGCAUGCACGUGUACAACGUGUUCAAACACCAGGACCGGUUCGUGUCCAUCGGCCCCGUGAGUUAUCACGACGAGGCGAACCUUAACGAACGCUCCAGCAGUAACGCCACAGACACCGCCUUCAUGCCAUUCUACCUGUUCCACGGCUCCUUGAGCAGCACGGACGACUACAUUACACCUGCCUCUGAUUCGGACGACGGGUACCAAGAACUCGACGACGUUGAAUAUCGUGUCAGUGAGGAUAGAAGCACACCACACCCCGAUCCAGGCUCCGCUAUGCCAAGCUCAACACACGACCAGGAAGAGUCAUCUCAAAAUCCGUCCCAGAAUAGAUUGCCUUCAAAUCCUCUAAACCGAAAAGUCAGUAUCCCGCCUACUUUACCGAAACGACCGGAAGCGUCUCUCUCUAGCGUUUUUUCUCCACAGUGGAACAACGGGUUUAGAAGAUGCGUGGCACAAAACUCCUCAGGAUGCUACAACAGGGAUCUGCUCAUAGAAGAACUGAGAAAGGAGAUCGCCAUAGACUCCGCGAUGGAACUGGCCUUCAGGGGCCUCACACUGGCUGAGUUCACGACGUUGCUCUAUGAAGAUGAAAUCAUGGAUGUCCACCUGACAGCGCUGUUGCCCAAGCUCGGGCGUCUCGAUCUGAGAAAAGUGGCUCUGUGCCUAAGAUCUAUGAGAGGAAAAAUAACACUGUUGACAUUAUAAGUUAGUUAAAGCUAUGAUCAUGUCUUAACGUUACAGUGGCCAGCCAUACCAUUGGACACAGAUUUAUUAAAGACAAGUGUUAAAUUAAUAUUUAUCGGCGAACAAAACAUAGCAUUUUUUGGUCAAUUGACAUUUAUUUAUCGACCCCUGCAGACACACAGCCUCUGCACGCGCCAUCCGUAGGGCCCUAAAAUAAUCAGAAUUCGAAACCAAAACGUUGAACAUUUUCUUUGCAAUCAAUUGAAAAUAUUGUUUUCGACUCUUAUUGUUUUACUAUUCUAUAGCAUUGGCCCAGCCUUCAGGGGUUACUAUAAUAUAUUAUGAUUGAACAGUUUACUUCUUAAUGUUAUGUUAGGAUAAGAUAUGAUUCUUUUAUUGAUCCAAACAAAUGGAAAUGUUUUUUUUUUAAAUGCUUUGUACGUAUACAUUUUCAGCGUAUAAAAUUUGUUUUAAUAAAUUCCACAUUUUUCAACUGAAACAAUUUAAACACAAGACCUCUACAUUAAAUUACUUCACUAGUGAAUAAAAACAGCCAUUAAGUGAACUCCCUUAGUCAUAACAGGGACUUACUAAUUCUGUGUAGAUUUUGUGACUUCUGAGGGAGCACGAUGAUAAAUCUGUACAGAUUGGGGAACACAAUAUUUUUGAUAUCCUGCAGUACUCGCCUUAUGAGAGAGAAUUCGUCCCGAACGGGCCGAUCCUAAGUAUCUGUGAUGAACAGGGUGUGAUGCAUCAUCCAUAAUUUGUUUAGUUUUACAAUAACAUCUUUCUUCAAAUAGUUCUUAAAGAUAGCAGGAUGUUUAGUUUGUGUGAUGUUCCUAGCUUUCCAAACUUCGUCUGUUUAUUCUGUGUUUUGUUAAUAUAACUUUUUAUGAUGUAUAUGUAGCGUGGCGAAUUUUAUUUUUCAUUCGCCACAACUGGCUUUUUCGGAUACAGGUCGCUCGUUCCAGGUCUAGGAAUGAUUCUUUAAUGAGGAUACGUUUCCCAACGUUCAGACGUCAAGUAAAUGAACACUCGACACGAUGUUCUCAUGUCAUGAUGAGCAAAGCCGUCCUACGCACCGCGCACAGCAAAGACGUUCACCUGUUGUGCACCAAGUAAAGCGUUCAUUAAACGAUCACGACCGACCUGGCCGCAGCGCAAAAUCAGGAUAAUUUUUAUUUUAUUUUGUAAAGCUCAUAUAAGGAAAAUACGAACGUGGAUCUUCAGAUCCAGUCAUUUUCCAUGGCCUGAAAUGCGUUUCUUCCACCCUACACAAUCUCAGGAACUCAUCAAUCAAAAACCAUUUCACAAAACCUUCAUAACUGCAGACAUCUCACCACCUAUGACCAGGGAUUAUUUCAGAAAUUUUACCCCCGG